CCCCGAGGCACCUGAAGUUCACCUGGAGAAAAAGAAAGUGCGGCGGAGCUCGCCCAGUGGAUCUACCAGUUCGACUUUACAGAAGUAAUCGACGAACUCGGUUUUAAACGCACGUUAUGACUUUCUGGGUUUUACAGAGCCGAUCGGACCACAAGGCGCUUCAUCUCCGUAGAUCAGGUGCGCUCUCAGAGGUUUGUUAAUGGAGCGCACAGAGGACGGCGUCCAGGCGCAGUGAGACACGUCUGUAGCAGCGCGGCGCGCAGUGUUUGCACAAGGUGGGGUAAUCAGCAGCUGGCUUCUGUCACACAAAGUUAAAAUGUCUAAAAAAAGCAGUUUAAGGAAAAGUCUGUCCAGGCUCUUCUCAAAGAGCGAGAUGAAUCUGAAAGACUACGACAGACGCGAGGACGGCAGCGGACGCUCCCUAAGGCAUUUAUUCAGGAGCAAGCGGGGCAAGAAGAAGAAGGAUGAAAGAGUGAAGGAAGAAAUGGAAAAGGAGAGCAAGGGAAGAACUCACUUAGAUGAAGAUGAAACAAUUCGACCUCCGAGUGUGGAAAAAAAGCUCAGUGAGAAAACAGGUUCAAAACAGACCCUUGUCUAUGGAGCGGGGUCCAGGUCAAAGAAACGGAGUCGCAGCUACUCAGAGUCAGAUCUGCGGAAGGGGACCCUCUUCAAAAGGUUCAGCACCUUCAUGAACAGUGGGACACGGAAGAAGAAGGGCAGCCAAAUUGACAUGAGCAGCAGUUCUACCAACCUCCAACCAGAUGAGCGGAGCUCCACUGGACAUCUGAUCAGCAGACCUUCCGCUAGAAGCCCAAACAGCAGCGCAAGUAAAUCCACUGACUGUCUGCAGUCAGAUCUUUGUGAUAGUCUGAAUCCCCUGAGCACCUCAAGGGAUCAGGCACUGAACAAACAAGGGAAGCUUUUAUUAACAACAUCAUUCGACAGCUUACCCAGAAACAGGGCCGCUCAGGCUGUUCCAUGCUCUGAAAAUGAAGGGUCAUCAUUGCAUAACCAGUCCAUGGUUGAAAUUCAGAAGGCCGAGGAUGAAAAGUCCGGAACUUCAGAGAAGCUCCCAGAGUGGGCAGAAACCAUCUUGUCUUCAUACCUUGGACCAAAUGUUCCUUCAGGUGAAGAAGCAAACUUAGCACAGCACCUGGAGAGCAAGGAAAGUGCCAAAGAUCUUUCAAGCUCACUAUAUUGUACACAGAAGCUAGAUGAGCAGGAGCUUAGACCAGUUAACUCAGUAACAUCCAGCCGAUCAGGAAGUCUGAACCGAAAUGCAAAGACAACACAAUACAACAUCACAAUCCAUAUGACCAAAAAAGAGAAGAAUAGAGAUGCAAAGGGAGGUAAGAAGGUACCAGAAUGGGAAAACAGCAAAACAGCGAAGCCACAAAGGAGCAUCAAAGACAUCAACGAUUUAUCAGUCAAAAAAGAAGUGAAGACAGUGCCGCACAGAAACAUUCAGGGUAAAAAUGAGGAGAGGGCUUUGGACAGAUAUGGAAAUACUAGAACUUUGUCCAAGGAACUCCAGUCUCCAUCUGAGCUUGCACAUUCUACAAAGGGAUGUGGUACCUCAACUGGCCACACAGCCACUGCAGGCCCAAGAAAAAGUAUUACUGACAAGAGUGCUGUUGAGGUCAGUGAAAUGGCAAGUGGUGUUGAUGGGCUUGUUCCAUCCGAAACAGAAUUCAACACUGAUGAUGAAAAUCACCAGAUGUACCUGCUGAGAAUUCAGCACUGGGCAAACCAUCCAGAAUUUGAUGCAAGCAAGAGUGAGUCAGACAGAGAGAGCCAUUUUCAGGAGGCAUCCGAAGACGAGGACCUCAGUCUCUACACAGAUGCUUUACUGAAUGCCAGGACUGUGUACCCAACAAUAGACGCGACAGAAAAAGGCAGGAAUAGAAGUCACUAUAUGACAGAAUUUUGUGGUGGAGUGUUUGUCAAUGGGCAGAAUGCAAUUGAUGCUAAUGAUAUCAAAAGUCAACAGGACAUAAACAAAGGCACUAGUGGAUGUACUCAGUCAGGCAUUGAAUUCGGAUCACAGCAUUCAAUAAAGAUGCCAAAUUGUGAAUCUGCACACAAAAGUAAGGUAGGCAUGGAAGACAUAAAUUUGGGCCCAGCCAUUAGUGAUAUUGGACAGUCAGAGACUUGGAUGACAGCAGUGAGUAAUGGUGAAGCAACUUGUACAAAUGAAAGCUUAGAAGAGAUUAAUCACAGGGGAACUGAUAAGUUGGACAACAUUGAUCCUAAAUCUGGAAGUGCUGACACCGAUCUAGGCAACCAUGCUGCAAGCAGAAUGGAUGAGCAAAAGGAGGACAAGGGAGAAAGGAAUCUUACCACAUUAUCAGAGCAUAUGGACCUAACCCAGCAGGAGGAUUUAUUAUGCACACAGGUAUUUGUAAACCCGAAGGUCGGCCCCUGCAUUCAAAAUCCAGAAGGUCUAGCAGAACCCAACGGUAGUAAUGAUAAUCCUGGUAAAGGCACAGGGACUGCUAAGAAAUACUUCUCUUCAGAGAUGGUGCUCGAUGUGGUGGAAUAUCAAACAGUCGCCUCGGAGCAACAUGUUCAUAACAAGACAGAGUCAGAACAUGAAGAUUCAAGCAAGAUGAUAAAAAAUAAAGAAUAUUUGAUUGCUAAAGAAUCAGAGAAGAUGAGUCAGACUUUUGGAAAAGAAACCAUGGAGUGUUCAAGUACAAUUGACCUUACUGUUGAAUUAGAACAUUCUACAGCAAAAAGUCCUAAAGCCAAGUCAGAAUCUGCUAUGAUGGCUGCUGUAGUGAGCCAGUCUCAAGACAAGCCUUAUCAUGACCGAGAUGACCAGAGUGCAACCCACAAUGAAAAUGUCCAACAAUUGAAUCCUGAUGAGCAUAACCUAAGCAUGGGCAAAACAACCAUAGUCACUCAAGAAGAAGGGGAAUUAGAUUUGGAAGCUUCAGUGAUAUUGAGUGAAGAGCACAGUGCAAAUGAGGAGUUUAAAAACAGAAGUCAAUGCAUAUCCUCACAUGUGCAGAUGGAUUCCACAAAAAUCAAAGAAAUAUCUACAUUAACACACUUAGACCAUGAAAAGCACAGAAAAGAAACAGAAGGAGAUACUGGAACUGUGGCUUCUGAGAGCGGCACACUGGUUGACACUGACUCUUUAGCACAAGCAGACCAUGCCAAUGGAAGGGUGGGCAGGCAUUUGGAAGGCCAGUAUAGCAGCUCCACCAACCACCAUGUGACUGUCCAGCAACUGAACAUUGCAGUUGGAUCCUUGGAAAAUAAUGGAGAAGACAGGGAGGACAGAGGCACCAGGCAUUCUGUUGUGAAAGGUCAUGAAGCUGUUGUCCCUGGUUUAAACUUGGACAGCCAAAGCAGUCUGGUCAAAGUUAGUUCAGACAGCCAACCUCAACAGGGUAUGUUCUUACUGGGAGAGUGCAAAGAUGAGGAUGACUUUCAAAAAGAGUUAUCUGGAAGGGCCAUUCCCCCCGUCUUGGUGCAAUCCACACCUGCAAAUACAGACCCUGUAGGGUAUCCUGGAGAAAUAUGUGAUACAAACCAGCCGACCUGUCCAAUUGGAGCUAACGCAUUGAAAACGGGAUCAGAGGUCCAUCGCGACGGAAGUGGACGUUCAGACUCGCGUAACGAGUUGUGGACAACAAAGCAGGAGACAGGACCCGAAGAUGAGUCCUCAAACGCGAUUGCCGCCUUACGCCACGAUCGGUUUAUAACAGGAGACCAAGUCUCAGAGCCUUGUGGGUUUGAAGCCGGGUCUGCGGGCGACGUGGGGCGGACCCAGAUGGGACGAACCACAGGGGCGGCGACCAGUGAAUCGCAGCCAACUUUAGCCACCUCUGGCGAUAAUCGAGGGCAGGAAUGUCAGAUGAAACUCAAAUCACCUGUUCCGCUGGUUUCCCAGGGAGAGGAAUCUCAAACAUCUCUUCCUGAAGGCGGGUGUGGAGCCAACGGCAGGGAGGAGCCUGCGAAGCGUGCCAAAGGUGUUGCUGCUAAGCUGACACCACCCACUCAGAUACGAGGCGACGAAGCAGCAGACCCUUCGCCGCGGAGAGACUCCCAUGUGCCUGGCAGUCCGGCUGAAGCAGGUGGUCGGCCGACGGGAGAGUGUCAAGUGGACGAGCAGAAACACCUCGCCGGGUCUCUGCCUGUAAAUGGAGCUGCUGGCCAACUGAUACAUGACAGAUUUCUUUAUGAGGACCCCACGAUAUCAGAGGAGGCAGCAGAAAUGAGCUACAAAACAUCUAGUGGUGGGAGAUCUGGCCUUGUUAGUUCCACUUUACAUUUGAAAAUACAGUCCCAGUGGAACCAGAGAGAUGAAGACCAGGCAAAAUCCCGCACAGUGUUCCUGGUUUCAGACAAAAAAAACAUAACUGAUGGAUACCUGCCACCUGAAACUAGGGCUGUCAAUGGGGAAAGUCUGUCUCCGGUACAGAAGAGCAGCCGGAGGUUUGUUUUGGCAGAUAAACCAAUGGAGGACGGUGAUGGAAGAAGGUUAUUCACUUAUGAGCCUCAACAAUAUAAUUCAGGGCGAGGUUCAAUAAGCACAGCGAAUCACAUCCAGGUUCCAGGAAAUACAAUGGAAUUUCUUAAUGAAAACAAAAGUGGCAGUUUUCCAGCUCAUCAAGUCCCUGCCCAUCAGGCGGACGACAGAGUCUCCAAUCACAUGUUCAUGCUUAAAGACAACAGCAACGCCAAAGGUCAACAAACCUCUGCUGUGCAGACCAAACCCACUGUGCAAAUUUGGGAGGAACCUCCAGCAAGUCUGACUUCAACCUUAAAUUCCAGCUGUCAAGAUGACUCUGACAAAGACAGCAUCUUCAAAGCGGAGCUUGUGCAGUUUAUUCCCAUCGACAAGGAAGAGGAAGAGGAUGAGGAAGCAGACACCUCUUUGGAUAUUGACAGUUUUGUGGAUACUCUCCGAAGCAUCAAUCCUUCCGUAACUUUAAGGAGAAAGACAGGGACCAGGGCUCCAAGGCCAGUCUCCCUUCCAGCAUCUUUGCCACCCAUUGAUGAGAACCUCCCAUCUCCUGAUGUGCCCCGACCACCCCUCCCUAUAUCUUCCUCAAAAUCAAUCGAGUGCAUUGCUAGAAACCCUGUGAAACAGAAAUUGACCCCUGAACCUCAACUUAAAGAGAGGCUAAAUUUAUCCUUACCACCAUCCUUGAACAUGAGACAAGGUGGAUCCAAACAAUUCCUAACCCCCUCAGAGAUGAUGCGCAACUUGGUGGAAGACAAACCUAGGGUCCCAACUCUAAAUCGAGCAUCUGCAGACAACAGCAUUGUCUUUUCAAAAACUAGCAUCCUUUCAGGCCUGGGCGCCGCUAGCAACUUGUUGUCAGGGAAGCUAGAGACCAGGUUGACCCCAACAGAUGACAAGCAGUUCUCCAGACUAGAAAACAGCUUCCUUUUUUCAAACUACAAGUCUCAGGAAGCAAGAGAGCGACCCACUGAAAAUGGCAAACGUAGCUCACUGGCUGACAGUCUAUAUAGAUUUUCCUCCAUGCCUGAUCUUUCCAGCUCCAUAGAGAAAAGCUUGGGGUAUGGGGAUGUAGGCAAAAUGAGUGCCUAUGAGCGCUUAUCCUUCCUGUCAUCUCCAACAAGUUCCCUGCCAGGGACUUAUGAGAGGUUAAAGGUUAGCCUCCCACCUUCUGCCCCACAGUUUAAUAGGCAGACUUCCAUGGACGCUCUGAGGGAGGUGGCUUCAGCUUCACCAACUGUCACACCACGGAACAACCACACAGUGAAAUAUAGAGCCUUCCCUGAUGCCUACCAAACCAAGGAAAAAGAACAUGGAAAAAUCAACCCUCGCCCUGGAAAGAUAUACAUCUAUGAUCAACCAGGCUUCACCGGCAACAGAACAGAGAUUUAUAGUGAUGUUAUAGACGCUACUUCUUGGGUCUUUCCUGAAACCAUCUCAAUCCGAGUGGUGAGAGGAGGAUGGGUAUUAUAUGAAAAGCCUGACUUUAAGGGGGAAAAAUUUGCCUUGGAAGAAGGAGACAUUGAGCUUUCUUACCCAUUUGGAGAGACAGAAGAACACAGCCCAGAACCUGACGACCCUCCCAGAAAGAAGUUUGUCAUUGGCUCACUGCGGAGAGCAGUCAGGGACUACAGCGUUCCUGAACUGUGCCUGUUCCCAGAAGAUAACGCAGAAGGGAAGAAGGUCAUAUUCCGAGACACAUCCGAAGAUGCUCGCAUUUAUGGUCUUCCAAUCAGAGCUAAUUCCAUAAUCGUCAAUGCUGGCUUGUGGUUGGUCUAUGCAAAGCCUUUCUUUGAAGGAAUCCCUCGCGUUAUUGAAGUCGGAGGGUACAGCAGCUUGAAGGCGUGGGGUGCAAAACAGCCAGAUGUCUGCUCCGUUCAUCCACUAAAAAUAGGUGAACCAAAGGUUGAAAAUAUCAAUGAACCAAAGGUGAUCAUCUAUGAAAAACCAUACUUUACAGGAAAAUGCAGAGAGGUGUACACUGACACCCGGGACUUCAUGACCCGAACAGAUUCACAGAAUGUGUUUAUGCCCAAUGCAGGCUCCAUUAAAGUAUUAGGAGGCUGCUGGGUGGGCUACCAGAAAGAGGGCUUUCGAGGACACCAGUACCUUCUGGAAGAGGGAGACUUCCAUGACUGGAGAGUGUGGGGAGGUUGUGAUUCAGAGCUCAAGUCUCUACAUCUAAUUCGAGCGGAUUUUUCAGACCCUGAAAUGGUUAUGCAUGAAUGUAAUAAUGAGGAUGUGGAAGUGCAGCGUUUUCAUGUAGUAGAAGCCACACCAGAUCUGGAGCUCCUUGGUUACAAAUCAAUGAUCCAGUCCAUCCAUGUCCUCAGUGGGGCGUGGAUUGCAUACUCUCAUGUGGAUUAUUCGGGGAACCAAUAUAUCUUAGAAAAAGGGUAUUACCAUACCUGGCAAGACUGGGGAGCCAGUGACUUUAAGAUCUCUUCUGUUCAGCCCAUCUUAAUGGCAAAUGGAGACAGCCCUAGCUUCAAAAAUAAGAUUUAUCUCUUUUCUGAGCCCAGUUUCCAGGGGAACUGCUUAGUGUAUGACUUGGAUCGAGCCUGUAUCCCUGAAUCAUUCAAGCCCUGCUCAUUCAGAGUUGUGGGAGGCAGCUGGGUUGUAUACGAAGGUCGAGAAUUCUCUGGAAAUCUGUACGUUUUGGGAGAAGGAGAGUAUCCGAACUUUACCACCAUAGGCUGUGCACCUAACGUCAUCAUCCGAUCAGUCAAGAUGAUUCCCAUUGUGUUCUCAGAGCCGUCAAUCUCCAUAUAUAGCCUGGAAUGCUUUGAAGGGAAGGAAAUUGUGCUCAACUCCGAAAUUCAGAGCCUCCUGGCUGAGGGCUUCAACAACCACGUCCUGUCUGUGCGCGUCAAGGGAGGAAUAUGGGUGGCCUGUGAACACAGCAAUUACAGGGGAAGUCAGAUUCUGCUUGAAGAGUCUAUUGAGAUCACUAACUGGCUGAAAUUCAGUGAAAUGUCCAAAAUUGGGUCACUCUAUCCUAUUCGUCAGAAACGAAUCUUCUUCCAUUUAAAAAAUCGCCACAGAGGACAAUACAUGACCAUUCAAGGCGACCUGAGAGAGCUGAAGUCCUGCCGGGUGGUUGUAUCAGAGCAGAUUGAUGGGAUGUCACAUGUUUGGUAUUAUCAAGAAGGCUUGCUCAAAAACAAGCUGGCCUUGGAUCUGAGCCUGCAGGUGGUUGGAAAUCCAGAGGAAGGCUCCAAAUUGGUGUUGUGGACGGAGUCCCGCAUCCCCCGGCAGUCUUGGAAGAUCCAGCCCGGUGGGCGAAUUUGUAGCCUUAUCUUUGAGGGAAUGACAAUGGAUGUGAAAGGAGGCAAGACCUAUGACAAGGACCAUAUAGUGAUGUGGUCAUCCUCUGACGAGCGACCUACUCAGAUUUGGGACAUGGAGAUCAUUUAACUGUAGUCUCCUUACAUGUGAGCCGUAAUGAAGUGGAUUCUCCUUAUCUUAUGGAAGACUGGCAGCUGGAGCAAAGACUGCACGGAAUUACGUUACUUGUUUAGGUCUCUGACUUGCUGGACAAGUUUAUGAAAAUGCAACUUCUACUUUGUUGUGACCAUGUGGCAAAAGAGACUGUAAAUAAUGUGACUCAAAAGCCUCAUGAAUACAAGGAGACGUUUGGUAACUAAGGGCUGUCACACUGUGAACCAAUGGAAAAUAAGCAAACCAUAGUGCCAUCCUGUGAUUACAUUGAACCUGUUUAUUUGCUUUUAUUUGUGACUCUUAUCUAUCUAUCUAUCUAUCUAUCUAUCUAUCUAUUUGUCUAUCUAGUCAUUCAGUUCCUUCCUUUUUUCUCAAUCCACCAUUCUUCAUGUGAAUGUCAAAGUACCCUACUGUGUCAGUUUUGCUUUGCUUAAAAUCAUAAGGAACAUUAAGUGCUUUCGAGAGUUUUGAUUGACAAAACUACAUUGUCACUUUGACCUACUUGUUACAUAGUUGUAAAGAAAAUAUAGGAAUGUGUCCCUGUAAAGCAGUUAAAAAAAAAACAAAAACUGCCAUUUACUGUAUAAACCUCAAAUUGUAAUCGGCGUUCUUUAAAAUGAAAUCCUGAGGAGCCUCCUCCCGUGGUCUGAGGUAUGUGGACGUGGAGUCCACCUCCUGAUGGUGGGUCAGUUAAAUUUAAGAAUGAAGAGUAAAGUAAAUUGCAGAGCAAAAGCCUUAUUAGGGCCUGCCGGCCACAACAUAUAUACUGUAAUUCACGUGACAAAUCUACUUCCAGUCUGAAAGCUGACUAAGCAAUACAAAUUUAAAAGACGAAAACAACAAGAACAUUUAUUUACGUGACACAUAUUCAUGCAUAGAAAUAGCUCAAAGUACUGUGCAAUAUUAAUAGCUAAACAUAGUUCCAGAAAGAAAAUGAUAAUUAAGGAACAGCAGCAAUUUGUAACAGCAGAGUCUUAAUGACCAGCUUAAUUACAAAGUGUGGUCAGAUGGCCAGGGAAGACAGACAAAUAAAAACUCCAGUUGGCAGGAUGUUGGAAAAAAAUAAACCUGAGGGGUUCCAAGGCCAAAAGACCACCCAAUCCCCUCUGGGCAUGCUGCAAUCUAUGAAAGUGUCACAAUUGUGGGAUAUUCUUGUAGAACACUCAGGUGGCUGCAGCCUUCUUAGGCCUGGGGACAGUGGCACAUACAGUAGUGUCACCACAGAGCACUGGAAAAAAAGAAAACGCACAAACAUAGUGAUCAGUGUCCAGCCUAUGAAACAGCAAACAGAAUUAUAUUUAUUGAAAAGAACAAAUUUCUUGUAAGUGCUCUUGAGAACCACAUUAAAGAGGUGGGUUUUAGUAGUUUUUGCCUCUCAACUGUACUGGCCCAGUGUAUCUCUAAUGGUAAAUUAUUCCAGAUUUUUGGUGCAUAGAAACAGAAAACUGCAUCAUCAGUUCUGUUGUGCUUCACUCUUGGAAUACUGAGCAAGACGAGGAUCUACGAUUACAAUUUGGAAUGUAGGGGAACAAGCAGUCAAAAAAUUGCAGAAGGUUUUAGAUGUUUCAACGAAUUAUCUACCAUAUAAUAAAACACUACAGUCUGUGUAUGUGUGUGUGUGUGCUUUGUACCCCAGAGCAAUGUGAUUAUUCAUUUAGGCUUUGGUGACGCGAUCAAAAGAGGAAGCGCAAGUGUGAGGCACACAAGGAAGAAUAAAGGUGUAGGAGGCAUACUGAGAGUCCCCUUCAAAGAUGGGAAGUAAAAAAAGUGAAAAAGAGGCCAGCAAGUUGACUCCAAAUAAGAAUCUGAGAAGCAGGCUUUAUGGGAACAUGCUGGGCAGAGGGAGCACCUGGCAAGAGAGGGUCAGACACACACAGGUAAUGAAGAGAGCCACUAAAGGUACAUAUACUGUAGGGUAGGAGGUAUCAAAUAUUUUUCAGUUUCUUCUAUUAUGAGCCUGUCUUUGACAAUAACUGUAGACAUCUUUUAAAGUCAUUCCUAAAGGAUACUGGCUGCCAGUGUAGUGAUGCCAAGACUGGGCACAUGUGCUGAGAUUUCUCUUUUUCUUGCUGCCUUUGGACUAAUUACAGCUGCUUAUACCUUUUUUUUGGUAAUCCUGACAGGGAGUGCAUUGCAGUAAUCUAGAUAACUAAAGACCGAAGCAUGUAUUAACUUUUUAGCAUGUUAAAGUGACAUGACAAAUCUAACAAUGUUUCUUACGUGACCGAAUGCAUUUUUAAUAAUAUGCUUAAUGUACAAUUUGAUGUUUAGCUUUGACCCUGAGAUUCUUUACGUUAGGCCAAAUCAAGAAAGGGAGAUGAUAAAGUAGAAGAAUGGCUGAUAUGAAGACAUUUGGCCAAUAUGUCUCUUAUUUGCCAAGGUUAUCCUCCUUGCUGUUCUUCAAAUAUAUAAACUGUAUAUUUUGUAACCUGA